CCCUCACGUCCUCCUCCUACACCCUCUAACACCCCAUUUUCUUCGCACAACACAAUCGACCAUCAUCAUGGCUGACCAGCGCCCUGCUCCCCUCCGCCUCGGCACCAUUGCCCCCAACUUCAAGGCCGAGACCACCAAUGGGCCCAUCGACUUCCAUGAGUUCAUCGGCGACAACUGGGUCGUCUUCUUCUCCCACCCUGAGGACUACACCCCCGUCUGCACCACUGAGCUGGGCGCCUUCGCCAAGCUCGAGCCCGAGUUCACCAAGCGCGGCGUUAAGAUGAUUGGUCUUUCCGCCAACACAGUCGACAGCCACGAGGGCUGGAUCAAGGACAUUGAUGAUGUUACCGGCGCCAAGGUUUCCUUCCCCAUCAUUGCCGACAAGGAGCGCAAGGUCGCCCACCUGUACGACAUGAUCGACUACCAGGACACCACCAACGUAGAUGAGAAGGGCAUCGCCUUCACCAUUCGCUCCGUCUUCAUCAUUGACCCCAAGAAGACCAUCCGCACCAUCCUCUCUUACCCCGCCUCUACCGGCCGCAACUCGGCCGAGGUCCUCCGCAUUGUCGACUCGCUCCAGACUGGCGACAAGCACAAGAUCACCACCCCCAUCAACUGGGUCCCCGGCGACGAUGUCAUCGUCCACCCCAGCAUCAAGAACGAGCAGGCCAAGGAGCUGUUCCCGGAAUUCCGCAUCGUCAAGCCCUACCUGCGCUUCACCCCUUUGCCCAAGGAGAAGGCCACCGUCCAGUAGAUGCGCACGGGUGGCACAGUGUCUGGGGGCGUUUCGUCGCUUGAUCAACACAAUGUAUGAUGACGACUGAUGAGUACGACAAAUAACCUCUUCUUCGGCCGCGAAAGCGAACACCACCUGGACCAAAGCGGCACAAGAAUUGGCAGGAAUAAAAGGGCCAUCGGGAUCCACGGCAAGCCUUCCACGUGAUCUCAAUAUAUCAAAGCCUAUGGCCAUGAAAAGGAAGGAAGAGGGGAGAGAAUGGAGAAUAUAAACACGCACACCUUCAUGAUAUGAUAGAUGAACGCGCGAGGUGUUAAUAGGCGCCAACCUUUGUUAGCUAGGACAGAGCAGCACCUCAUGAUAUCCCCCGAAUGUCCGAAACGAGCGUUUCGGAGAGACAGAUAAUGAAAAUGAAGUAAAAAGAUUCAUAAACGAGAG